AUGGCUCAGGUCGUCUACACAGCUGCGAAUGGAACGUCGGACCUACACGGAUCUCUAUUCGAAGGUAUUAAAUUUUGGCUUUCUCAGAAAGUACCGCAACGCAGCCGCUUCAUCGAGGAAAUUCAAUCCAAUGGAGGCUCGGUAGUGCCACUCGAGAAACAGGCAGAUGUUAAAAUCGUAGAUCACGCGCGAAAGGAACAAAUACCGGGAACCCAUUCUUACACUUUCAUUGAGACCUCGAUACGCAAAGGUACCCUAGAAGACCUCGCUGACCAUGCGGUCGGAUCUCGUCCAGGGACAGUACGAAGCGUAGGCUCUGUGGUGCAGCCAGCUAAAGCUACACGUCGCAAGUUUACUGCUGCUGAGGAUCUCAUCUUGUGGGACUGGGUGAACACAAAUCCUCAAAAGGGAGGGGGCACAGAAGGUAACGAGAUCUACAAGCAACUCGAGAGAAAAUACCCUCAGCACACCUUUCAGUCAUGGAGAGACCGCUACAUUAAAAAAAUAAAGGGUCAACCAAGACCAAGCGCAAUCCAUCAAAAUGGACCCCCCACCCCACCAUCAGAGCCAUACAAUGUGAAUGAACGUCGUCAAGAUCGAGCAGAGGAGGCCGAGAUUAUCAAAGAGCAAGGAGGCCGAUUUUCUGAAGAAGAUGUACGCACCUUGAAUGCAGUUGGCAAUGAUAUCGAAAACAUUCGCGCCGACCGAAAGAAUGAGGCAUGGGUCGCCUGGGUCCAAGAGAUCGACCCGGAAAGCCGACACUCCGCCCGGGAGUGGCAAGACUUCUGGGAACGUCACGUACGACCUCGAUUCCUCGCUAAUUUUUCCAAGAAACGACCUCCAUCAAAGGACCGAACCAGCAAUGACACGAGACCCCCUGAGAUCUUUUCUCCACGAGCCUCAGAUCCUCACAUUGAUUUAGAAGUCACCAGUCCAGCCAGAGAAGAGACUAUGAUCGCUGAAAAUCGUAAGAAGAAGCAACGAGCGCCAAAUGUGGAGCCAGCAUCGCGCCUUCCAUCAAGCUUAAAACGACUAUCGCCACCUAGUGACACUCGCGACACAUCGGAACCGGCAGAUGUCGUCAGUCUCAGUAUCACUCAUGACAAGUCUCCCAAAAAUCCACAAGAGCUACCUUCUGUUUUAUCCGCACAUCUAGCCCGACCAUCCAAACGUAAACGCACUGAGGCACCAAGCAGGCGUCGCGAAAUACCUUCUACGCCAGAUGGGAGUCCUUCACACAGACAUACAGAUCGUCAUUCUCCUCUGUUUUUCGGGAGUGACGAAGAUUUCGAUAUGAUGAGCGGAGCUAAGCCCGAGACAGGUAAUGUGUUGCUUCAAAGUGGCGCAAAUGUAGGAUACGAACAUAUCCUUAAGGGAGAUAUGUCGGACUCCUUUUCAGAGCGCAAUCAGACCCGCCAAGAUACCCAAGCAUUCUCCAGAGAGCCGACGCCUUUCAUCGACUUUGAAGUCCCUCCGCCUGAUGAGGGUUGGGAUAACGAGGAACCGCUCGAAGUGCGCAUCAAGAAUGAACACGAGAUGGAAGAGGCGCAGGCCUACCGUUCUCAGACACCAGACACGCAUGGACUUCUCAAUGGCCUGACUCAGUUACCCGACUUUGCCGUUCCAGAUCCUGACGGAGGAUGGCAUUCUUUAGCUGACACUCAGAGUCAAGAUUUGCCGGGCACAGUGGACAAAGCAGAAAGUAUAGCCUCCUCAGGUGAACUAAAUGCACAGGUAGAUGAGUGGAUCGAAUCUUUUGUUGCGAAAGGAUUCACGAUAGACGAAGUUGAAGCGGUCCUUAAAAGCACGAGCCUUGACAGCAGGCUUGCAGAGGACGUACUAGGUUAUGUUCUGAAGGGCAAGAAGAAGGGCAAUGGAGAGGAUCCUUUCCAAGUUCCGGACGAUUGGAGAGGCGUUUGGACGGACAAGGAUGAUGACGACCUUUAUGCGACUGAUGCGAGAAUAAUAGGAAAGCUGCAUGAAAAGCAUGGACAGGAGUCUUUGAAGGCGAGGUGGGAAUUCCUCGACUACUCUAAUGCUUCAUGA